UGCCGGCGGGCGAAGCGGGCAGGCGGGUCAUGGCGUGGCGGGACGGCGGCGGAGGGGUGCAGGUGCCCCGCCUGCUGCUCUGCCUGGCGCUGUGGGGGCUGUGUCACGGCGGCGAGGCCGGCGCUCUGCCCGCCCGCGGGGCCGCCCUGCCCUUCGGCUUCGGCCCGCCGACCGCCUGCAGCCCGCGCUGCCAGCACGGCGGGCUCUGCCUUGGCAACGGCACCUGCCUCUGCUCCAAGGGCUACGAGGGCGAGCUCUGCCAGCACGCAACAUGUUAUCCAAAAUGUAAAAAUGGUGGAGAGUGCCUCAGACCUGGAAAAUGCAGAUGUCCGCCUGGCUAUGGGGGUAGAUACUGUCAUAAAGUAAGCUGUGAAGGAGGCUGCCAAAAUGGUGGGGAAUGCAUCUCUGUCAAUGGAGUUGUGAAGUGCCUUUGUGCUUCUGGCUGGACAGGAUCAAGAUGCCAAGAAGCAAUUUGUCCUCAAGGUUGUCGGAAUAAUGGAGCUUGUGUGGCUCCUGGGAUUUGUAGCUGUCCAGCUGGAUGGGUUGGUGGAGCAUGUCACUUAGCUGUAUGCAAACUACCUUGUCAGCAUGGAGGGAAAUGCAUAGCUCCAAACGUGUGCAGAUGUCGACUGCCAUACUCUGGUCUACAGUGUACAAAGAAAAGGAAGGAAUGA